AUGGAGGAAGGCGACGAGUGCGUAGCAGCAGCAGCAAAACUCUUUGCUGCUUAUGGGGGGUCCCCGUGGAAGCAGCAGCUGCAGCGGUGGGCAGAAACCUCCCCAGAAGAAAUAGCAGUGAGGAUCCUUAACGACCAGAAUGAGAAGACGGAAAUGGACUGGGAGGUAAAAAAGCCGCUUGCCAGCUGUUGCAGCACUGUUGCUGUUUGGUCUGCUGCUGCUGCUGCUGCUGGGUCUGGGAUGUAUGGUGAGGUGCAGGCUGAGGUUGCGGAGCAGCGGACAUUUUCUGCCUUGAGGGAUGAAGCAGCAGCAGCAGCAGCAGUGCUGCUGCGAAUGCUGCAGCAAAGGCAGCAGCAGCCCGAGGAGACAGCUGUAAUUCUAAGCAUUUCGCAUGAAUUGACAUUUCUAUCAAUGUUUUUCGGCUGUCUCCUCGCCGGAGUUCCUGCUGUCCCCUUCCCUUCUCCGCGCUGCUCCCCGGCUGUUUUGCUGCAGCAGCACCAGCUGCAGCAGCAGCUACAACAGCUGUUGCAGCAAGCUCCUUCACCAUGGAUUGUCCUUAGCGACGACCCAAACAUGCAGUCUGCUGCUCGCUCCGCAAGAGAUGGGAUAGAAGCACUUGACAUAUCUGAAGCUUUUCAGCAGCAGCUACAACAGCAGCAGCAGCAGCGGCAGCAGCGGCAGCAGCAGCAGCAGGAGCAACAGCACCAGAGCACCAGCAGCAGCAGCAUUGCUUUGUUUCAGCUUCUUAUUGGGUUUGCCUUAACUUCUCUUUUCUUUGGUCUUUCUUUCUCUUUUCUUCCUACUUCUUCUUUCCUAAGAAAUCCCCUUUCUUGGUAUACUUCUCUUUCUCUGCUUUCUCCGCAUAUUACGGGGUCCCCCCCAUUUGCUCUUCGUCUUAUUAAUAACCUAAAAGGUAAAGCAAUACCCCAACAAACGGUUCCCCCCCACCUGGUGGACUCUCCAAGGGCCCCUACAGGGGACCCUCUAGAAAACGGUUCCCCAGGAGGUCUGCACAACGGGGCCCCCCAUGAGGGCGCACAGGGGGUCCCGUCGACGGGGGAAGACCAAGCGGGGGCUUGUUGUACAGGAAAAGGGUACAGAAAAGAAGAAUUCUUGCGAUGCCCCAAGGGAGGUCUUUGUGAAGAAGAAGGAAAAGACUGGGGGGAGUUAGGGGGGCCCCAAGAGGGGCCCCUUAACCUUCACGCGCUUCAUACGUUUAUCUGCGGGGCGGAAAAGAUACACCCUCAAACAUUUUCUCUUGCGCAUCAGGCCUUCAGUGGCUCUGGCCUGAGGCCUGAAGCUCUCGUUGCUGCCUAUGGCUUAGCAGAACAUUGCCUCGCCGUUACUGACCGCCGCCGCCUCAACAGCAGCAGCAGCCGCAGGAGCACCCUUGAAUCGGGUUGCUGCUGCCGUCCUGCGGAGCCUCUGCUCCUUACGUUUGACGCAGCAGAGCUUGAGAAGGGAGAAAAACAAACGAAAAGUGUGGAAAUCGUCAGCUGCGGCCCUCCCAACUAUGGAGUCUACAUUGCUGUCGUAGAUCCUAAAGAUGGGCAUCCGUUGGCUGAAGGCAAAGUAGGGGAGGUAUGCAUUUCUUCUCCUGCGCUGAUGAGUUACUACUUAAGCGAAAUAGACACACAAAACAGCUUCUUAUGCCUGCCAGUCGCGGCCGCAACAGGAACAGCAGCAACAGCAGCAGCCACAGCAGAAACAGGGAAGAGACGCUUCCUUAGAACGGGAGACUUGGGGUUUAUGUGGCGAGGAGAGCUGUUGGUGCAAGGCAGACUUAAGGAGACACUUAAAGUUAGAGGAAGAUCCCUCUGCCCCCAAGUUGUGGAAUCCGUUGCUGCUGCUGCAGCAGUAGCAGCAGCAGAUGCUGCUGCAGCAGUAGCAGCAGCAGAUACUGCUUCAGCAGUAGCAACCACAACAGGAAUGCCGUGGAUAAGGACGCAUGCAUGCGCUGCCUUUCCCUUAGAAACCGACGAAGGAGAAGCAGUGGGGCUGGCGAUCGAGGUUAUGCCUGAAGCUGCUUCUUGGGGAGAUAGCAUCUGCCGCCACGCUGCUGCUGCAGUGCUGCGAGAAUGCGGCGUUGCACUGCACCAGCUGUGGCUGCUGCGACCCCACACCCUCAAGAAAACCACAAGCGGGAAGGUGCAGCGAGCAGCAACCAGGGACUUUCUACUGCAUGUGCAGCAACAGCAGAAACAGAAGCAGCAGCAGGAGGGCAGUAGAGAGAACAAUGCUUGCAUCUUAUUUCGCCUGGACGCAACUGUACUUGCUGCUGCUUCGCUUGCUACUUCCGGUGAUGCUGCAUCAGCAAGCGAAGCUGCAGCAGCAACAGCAGCAACAGAAACCCCGAGUGUGCGUGCGUGGCUGCUGCAAGAGCUGCAGCAGCUAGUGUUCAAGAGUAUUGGUACCUUUCCCCACCCAGACGCCUCGUUACAUGCAUUGGGUGUUGACUCGCUUGCUGUUGCUUCUCUGUAUGCAGCAGCAAAAGAGCAGCUGCAGGUGCCGCUGCAGGUACACGAUCUGUUGCAGGCAGAGACGCUCAGCUCUCUAGCCGAUAUGCUGCUGCAGCAGCACGAGCACUUACUUACUGCUGCUGCUGCUGCAGCUGCAGCUGCCGGUGGCGAUCGUCGGCAACCAACUGAGCAGCCAGGGACUGACAGCGGCAGCAGCCGCAGCCGCGGCACGUUCAUGGCCUUCGCCGUUCCAGCAAUGAGAUAUCGGCAUGCCGCACGCACGAAUAGGUGUCUCCCUGGCUUCGCUAAGCUGCUGGGCCCUCCUCCAGAGAGCACGCACCGUCGCCCUUUCCAGCAGCAUCAACAACACAACAAACAGCAGCAGCAGCAUCUAAAGCAGACGCAGCAGCAAGGGGAACCAUUUUGGGGCCCUGCUUGGCUUCAGGGAGCCUACUUAGAAGACAUCGCUUCUUUCGACAACGCCUUCUUCGGAAUAUGCGCUGCAGAGGCAGCGUGUAUGGACCCGCAGCAGCGGCUGCUGCUGGAGACAACUUACGAGGCAAUUGAGAUGGCCGGCCUUUGUCCAAAGAGGCACCUGCCGGGGCAACAGCAGCGGAAACAACAGCAGAAACAGUGGCACGGGGUGCAGCAGCUGCAAAGCGGAGUUGAUGAAGUAGGGGAAGACACUGCGGUGUUCAUCGGAUGCAGUUCAGUGGACUGGCGCAGUUUGUUAGACGUUGAUUCUGGUGGUUCAUUUUCUUUGCCGAGUUCUUCCUCGAGCAUUCUUAGCUGUCGUUUGUCUCGCGAGUUUUCGUUUACCGGGCCUUCCUUAGUUGUUGAUGCUGCUUGCGCCUCGGGGCUUGCUGCGCUGCACCUUGCACGCGAGCACCUUCUCAGCAGCACUACCCCCAGCACCAGCAGCAGUAGCAGCAGAAGCAGCAGGUGGGCAGUUGUGGGGGCGACCAACCUUAUAUUGGAUGCUGCAGCAGCAAAGGCUUUUGCUGCUGCUGGGCUCUUGUCUCCUACAGGCCGCUGUCGCUCAUUCGAUGCUCAGGCAGACGGCUGUGUUAGAGGGGAGGCAGUUGUUGUGUUGCUGCUAGAGCGAUUUCUUCCGAACAGCAGCAGCAGCAACAGGGAUGAUCGUGUGCUAUGCUAUUUGAGGGGGAGUUCCCUGCAGCAGUCAGCUCGAACUCGUAGUAUAACCGCCCCCAGCUGCCUGUCGCAACAGCAGCUGCUGCAGCAGACGCUGAGUGCUUCUUCUGUUGCUGCAGAAGAUAUAUGCAUGCUUGAGGCGCAUGCAACUGGUACACUCUUGGGGGACGCUGUAGAAGCAGCAGCAAUUGCUGCUGUGUUUGCUGCUGAGAAGCCCCUGCAACAAUGCCCUAACUGCCUGCCCCUCCAGCGGCAGCGACAGGAGCAGCAGCUGCUGCAGCAGCACAGCGUCAUGUGGAAAACUGCACAGCUUGUAGCAGCAUCAACUGCAGCACGUCGAGAAUCAGCAGGCAACUGCAAGCCGUCCAACGAGGACUGGGAGGAUGUGGUUGUCACAACACAGCAAACCAGCAGCAACAGCAGCUCAAGCAGCAGCUGCUGCAGGUGUUGCUGCCGUCGUCUGGUGUUGGGGUGUAUGAAGCCUGCGUGGGGCCACAGCGAAGCAGCAAGUGGGCUGUUGAGUCUGCUGCGUUUGCUGCUGUCGCUGCAGCACUACCAGGCUACUCCCAACUUGCUGCUUCAGCGGCUGCAGCCGGAGUUGCAACGCAUGUGGGACCGCAGCAGAAUCCUGCUUCCUUCUAAAUGCUUUCCCUUAAACCCCAAAGAGUGGUUUGUAAGAGCUGAAAAGAAAAAUAAACCCCGAGGCCUGCUUGCUGUUGCCGCUGCUCUCGGCUUUGGGGGAAGCAUGGCGUAUGCAGUCAUCGAACGAAAUAGCUGCCGCAGCAGCCGCAAUUUGGUGCAGCAGCAGCAAAACACACAUAUCGUUUGGAGACACACAAAAUUCCCCCUUUCACCUGGCCUCCGACAGCAACAGCAGCAGCCGCUGCAGCAGCAGCAUGCGUUACAGCAGCUCCUCCAGCCUUCACUCACUCAACAUUUCUGGGCGCUCCCAGAAGAAUCCCCACCGACACCCGCACCCGCAGCAGCUGCAACAGCAGCGACCGCAACAACGGCAGCAGUGGGGAGUCAACCGCCUCUGCUGCUUAUCUGCAGAGAAGAAGACGAGAAGAAAUGGUUACAGUCGUGUGCUGCAGCAACUGUAUGUGUCGCUGGUGUGGGGCCCCACAUCACAGAGGAAGACUUAAUCCUUAUUCUAAAGCAGCAGGGGCAACAGCAACAGCAGCAACAACAACAACAAACGCAACCGAGGAAACAGAUGGGAUGGGGAUGCGUCGUGCUGGGAGCCUUUGCUUCUCCACCGACAGAAGCGUCGCAACAGCAGCAGCAAACGGAUUCACUUCAGAGUGUCCUCCAUGGCUAUUGGUUGCUGCUGAUGUUGCUACACGCCUUAGAGACUAUGGGGGACCAGCACCACCAGCUUCCCCCUCUUUUGAUGCUGCUUCAACUUCCGAAAAAAAGCAGCAGCGACAGCUGCACUGGCAGCACCUCCUCCUGCAGCAGCAGUUGCUGCAGGAGCACAAGCACAACGUGCUGCUGUGAGGCAGCCCAUUUGGCCUCAGGGGGUCUGCUGCAGCUGCUGGUGGAGACAGCAGCGCACUUCAGCCACACCAGCAGGCGAUGCAUUACCAUAUCUGUAGCCAUCUAUGAGCAGCCGCAGCAGCAGCCAGCUGAACACCUACUAGGCGAACUGUAUUCUGCUGCAGCAGCAUCUGGAUGGCCCCGUUGUUUCCGAGUUGCUGCGAAGGCGGAAGCCCCACAACCAGCAUCAGCAACAACUGUAACAAAAGCAGGAGGGCCAGAGGCAGCAGCAGCAGCAGUAACAGCAGCAGCAGCAGUAACAGCAACAGCAGCACCAACAGCAGCACCUGCACCAGCUGCAAAAAUCCAGGUUGAGGUUCAGCGGCAGCAGCGUCUACCUUCUUUGCCCCCGCGAGCCCCGGCGCUGCACCACAGGCGGGAGGGUUUCACGCAUUUGUUUGCCUUGGAAGAUGGUUCUCAGCAGCUGCUGCAGCAGGUGCAGCAUGCGCAGCAGCAGCAACAUCUGCUGCAGCAGCUAGAAGCAGAAAAGAAGCUGCAGCAAGUAUACAGAGAAAGUGGAUUUAAGAUGCUGCAGCAAAUAAGAAAGCUUCCUUUUUCUUUUUCUCAUUCUUUUAUCUGCGUUCGUGUUGUCGCUGCUGCGCUCCAGCCACAAGAUACAUUUGAACUGAUGCAACAACCACAGGGAGAGACGCGCUCCCUAGGGUUGCGGUUGGCUGGUGUUGUCUGCUGCCCCCCCUCCUUCUUACAAUCAGCUCUGCAGCAGGUGCAGCAGCAGCCGCAGCAGGAGGAGGAGGGGUCGGAGGACAAGCAGCAGCAGCAGCAGCAGCAGGCGUUUCCAGUGGGUGCAGCAGUUUGCGGGUUAGCGGUGGGGUGUAUAGGCAGCUACGUCUUAACCUCCCCAUCUUUGCUGGCUACCAUACACCCGCAGUUUUCCUUUGAGGGCGCAUGCACGUUGCAGCUAGAUAUGGUGCUGCUGCAGCAGGUGCUGCAACAGCUUGAUGUAGAAGGAAUCAAGGUGUCUCCGCAGCUCAGGGUGUACAUCCAUGGAGCAGCAGCAGGCGCAGGACUGCUCCUGGCACAGUACUGCGUGGCUAGGGGUGCUACUGUUGCUGCUGCCUGCCGUUCGCUGCAGCAGCAGCAGCUCCUACAGCAAGUUGGGGUACACGAACCGCACGUAUUGCCUCAUCCCACCCAGCAGCAGGAGCAGCAAAACAACAACCAGCACCAUCACCACCGCCACCACCACCGCCACCACUACUACCACCAACAACUCUACCAUGAGCCACAGCAGCAACUGCCGCCGCCGCAGCAGCAACACCAGCAGGUGCUUCUACAGCAAGACGUAGAUAUUUUGGUGUACACGCAGCCAGUGGGCCCAGAUGAACUCCCGCUUCAACAGCUUUCUCUCGGGGGGCACCUAAUACAGCUUGGCUUUGAGGAGGUGCUGCUGCAGCAGCAGCUGCAGCAGCAGCGCCCCGAUGCUCACUGCGCCUCCAUAUCCCUUUUGUCUCUCUGUAAGGAACAGGAAAAGCACGACAGACAAAUGGAAGCAGGUGCAGCAGCAGACGACCCAGCAGCAGCAGCAGGCCGUAGCCUUUCAGACUGGUGUCGGAGGGCUGGGGAGCUGCUGCAGGAGGACUGGGCCCCACAAGCACCUGCUGCGCUGCUGCGGGUGUCGCAGCAGGAUGCAGCAACCGCAGCCGCAGUAGCGGCAGAGGCAUAUGAGCUUCUAGCAGACCAAGGACGCGUUGGGGAUAUUGUACUAUCUCUGGACAACUUGCCCCGCAGUCUUGCUGCUGGUGUUGCUGCACCGUCUGCCGGUGUACCCGCUGCAGCUGCAGCUGUAUCUGCUGCACCCCAGGUGGCUCUGCAGCAGCUGGAGCGGGGGCAGCACGGGCACGCACAUCAGAGCCAUCUGCACCAGAAAGUGCAACAGGAUGAGCAGCACCAGACUCAGCUGAUGCAACCGCAGGAACAUCCGGAGGAGCGGCAGAAAAGAGAGCAGCAACUGCAGCAGCAGCAGCCGGGGGAGCUGCCCAACUGGGCACUGUCUUCUGCUGCUGCCCUGCGGAGUUGGGAAGCUGAGGGUGCAUGCACCGUACUGGUUGUAGACCCAGCAGCAGUGAGCAGCAGCAACAGCAGCAGCAUUGCUGUGUCUGCCUGCCGCUGGCUGUUGGGGGAAGGUGUUUCUCAUGUGGUGCUGCUGACUCCUUUGUUGCAGCUUCCGGCAGAGCUGAUGACAACGGAAGGGGCUGCGUUGCUGCUGCAGCACGACGAGCAGCAGCAGCAACACCACCCCCAGUCGCAGUGGAAGCGACGGGGUAUCCUUCCCAUUCACUGCAGCUGCGCCUCGGGUGCAGCCAUUGCUGCAGCAUUGGACGAGGCGCUGCUGCAGCCACUGCUGCCUCCUGUGCAUGCUGCAGUUUUCCUUGUUGACGAGGAAGACUGCGAGCAGCCCAGCAACAGCAGCAGGUCGUAUUAUCUCGAGCGGGCAAGGCAUGCAAAAAAUCUGUUCCAGCAGCUGCAGAUACACCCCUUUGGCAGCAGCCUCCGUUGUUGGCUGUCUCUAAGCUACAGGCGAGGCCCCUCAGCAGCACCUCCAGCAGCAGCAGCAGCAGCUGCUGCUGCUGGAGGUGCUGCUGUUUGGGGUACGCAACUAAGACACGCCGGCUCUGCUGCAGAGGAAAGCGCAGAGAAGACACUUGAUGAGCUGCGCACAUCGGCAGGAGCAGCAACAGCAACUCCCGGCGAGGCAGCAGCGACAGCAACAGGUUUAGACAAAACAACGCCUCUCCUACCAAACCCCAAGAGCACAGCAGCAGCAGCAGGAGCAAGUGCAACAACAACAGCCGCAGAAGUUGGGGAAGCCAAUCACAUUUGCUGCCGGCAGUUGCUUGAACAGCUGCCGCUGCCUGUAUGCCGUGCUGCUCUGCAUUCUGCUCUUGGUGCAGUUGCUGCUGCUGCUGCUGCGAAGGGCCUCAUAGCUCGUGAGGUGUAUGUGCACCCAGCAGGGGAGCCUUGCUGCAGCAGCAACGAGACACUGCUAACCUCAAAUCCUUUACACGUAGACAACUACUGCUGCGGUCUCGAGACGUUGACACCCCUCGACUGCGUUAACAGUAGCAGAAACAGCAAAAUCAACAGCAGCAGCAACAGCAGCAGUGUGACGAUGGAAAGCCUGGUGAUUUCUGUCUUGUCGAAUGCGUUGUUGCGGCCUCCGCUGCUGCAGCCGCAGCAGCAACUGUUGCAUGAGUCGCAACAGCAAGAGCGCGUGCAUGUGCAGCACCGGCUGCCACCUGCAGCAGCAGAAGAUCUGUCGCUGCUGCUGCCUUUCGAGAAGCAGAGGAGGCAGAGGCGGUUAGGUACUGAGGAAGACAUUGAAUCAAUUAGAUGUCGGGUGUAUGUACUCUGUCAGCAGCACCUGCCUCCCGGUGUGCAGCUGCUGCAGCAUCAGCCGCUGCAGUACCUUGGCCUCGACAGCAUCAGCAGCAGAAGACUCUACUUCGCCAUGUGCUGCUGCUUUGCGUUGCAGCAGCAGCAGCAACAGCUGCUGCUAGAAGAAUUCAUUGGAGGUGAAGCCUCGGCGCAGUCGUUAACAAUCAAGAUUGCUGGGCUGCUCACUGCUGCUAAGGAAGCAUCAGCAUCAGCAGCAGUGAGCAACAAAGCAAGCAGCAGGUGCAGCAGCAGAUGCAGCAGCAGAGCCAGCAGCAGAUACAGCAGCAGGAUGAGCGUCGCGUCAGAACACUUCAGCAGGAGCAACAGCAACAGCAUCCCUGCUACUGCCUCACUGCAGCAGCAGCAGUGGAUCUAG